AUGGUGUGUGCUUCACCCUUUCAGAAAUGCACAACAGCGUAUCUAAAGCUCGAUGAAAGCACUGCUAGAGAAUUUCUUGCACAGUUUGUCUACGGAGUAAUUGCUCAAUUUGCAACUGAGUACCUUCGCAACCCAACAUUGGAAGAUAUCCAACGCUUCCUUAGAGAAGAGGAGGAUAAAGGGAUUUAUGGAUUUGGCACGCCUUCUUUGGGAUACCUGGAUCCUGCAACGACAUUAAUGUACUUCAACGUUCUCCGGUGUUUGAUGAUAAUUAAUAAUCGUGCUCCACAAGUUCUGUUCACUGUUAACGGAAAUAAUUACAAAAAAGGAUAUUAUUUGACAGAUGGGAUUUAUCUAAAAUGGUCGACAUUCAUAGACUCUAUUGCAGCCCCACAAACCUUAAAGGAUAAAUUGUUCACUACACGUCAAGAGAGUGCUAGAAAGGAUGUUGAGCGUGUAUUUGGUGUGUUACAAGCUCGGUUUGCAAUAAUUAGGAAGCCUGCUUUAGCAUGGAGUGUAGAGUUGAUGUGGAAAAUCAUGAUGACUUGCAUCAUCAUCCACAACAUGAUAGUUGAAGACGAGCGUGAUACAUAUUUAAACUAUAAAGAACCACUUGAAUUCGCCGAACAACAGCCUGAAAAUAUGUCAGGGUUGUCCUUAACCAGAAAUGCAACAACAUUUACCAUAACUCCCGGGCAGUAUGAUCCUGAUAAUUUUAGUAGAUUGAUAGCUUCAAGAGGGGAGAUUCGCGAUAGACAAGUUCAUGAGGCAUUAAAGAACGACUUGAGUGAGCAUUUAUGGGCAAGGUCAACGAGCUCAGUUGAAAAUUAG